AUGUCUACCAUGCAAAUGGAUGUUUCUGACAUUGAAGUGAAAAAAGAAGGGACUUUAAAUAGUCCUGUGCACUUUAACAGUUUUACUGAACAAACAGUUUCUUCCCUUAAUGAGAAGGAAGUGGAACAAAUUAGUAAUAGUGGUCUUUUACAUGAAAUAAAUGAUCCUAUUGAUACUAUUGAGGUUAAUCCCAACGAAAAUAUUCCGUUGCCUGGUAAUUUAGAUAGACCAAGCCAAAACCUUGAUGAUAACGACAAUACAAAUAACUCUUCUAGUAGUUCAAAUGUGGUUGAUUUGGUUGAUUACCAGUCAAAUGUUUCAAAUAAUAUGUCUUAUAAUUCCUUAGCAGCAGCACCUUCAACGCAGAAGACCAUCUCCCUCCCUCCGGCAGCGGAACCUGCUUCUUGGCAAAUUCCACCAAGUGCUUUGCAGCAAAAAAAACCUUUGAAAAAUAUGCAGUUUGAAAAGUACGAAAAUCGUAUUUCAAAGAAUGUUUACGAUACAGAAGCAUGGUUAGGUCUCCUUGCUGAAGUACAGGCUAAGGCAGAUAUUGAUAAAGUCAGAGAUGUUUUUGAAAGGUUUCUGCAAAAAUUUCCUACGUCGUCACGACAAUGGGUACAAUACGCUGAAUACGAACUCAAACAUGAACAUUACGACAAAGUGGAAGCUAUAUUUGCCCGUUGUCUUCGCUCUGUUCUUUCCGUUGAUUUAUGGAAAUUUUAUCUUAAUUAUGUACGGCGCAUGAAUCCAAUUGAAAAAGGAUCAGCAACAAGCUCUCAGGCAAGAGCAACUAUUGCAAAAGCUUAUGAAUAUGUUCUCAAUCACAUUGGUUUAGAUAAAGAUGCAGGCACUCUGUGGAGUGACUAUUUGUUUUUCUUAAAAACUGGUGAAACACAUAGUGCCUGGGAAGAACAACAAAAAAUGGAUAUUAUGAGGAAGACAUAUCAAAGGGCAAUAUGCAUUCCUCUAAAUCAUGUUGAACAUAUUUGGAAAGAAUAUGAUCAAUUUGAGAAUGCAUUAAAUAAAGUAACGGCUAAAAAGUUUUUGCAAGAUCGUUCACCAUCAUAUAUGACUGCACGCACCGCUGUAAAAGAGAUGCGUCGAUUUGUAGAUAAAAUAAACAAGAAUGUGGUUCCUACACCACCAAAGUGGAGCAAGAACGAAAAAGAACAACUGUCGUAUUGGAAAGAGUGGAUUGAAUGGGAAAUGUUAAACCCACUUUCUCUUGAGGAUCCAUCUGCUCUUGCACAGAGAGUCAUUUAUGUGUAUAAGCAAGCUAUGAUGUACUUGCGCUAUUAUCCAGAGAUAUGGUUUGAAGCUGCAAAUUAUUGGGUAUCGAUAAAAAAAGAUGAUGAUGCGGUCUCUUUGUUAAAAACUGCGAUGGAAGUUAUGCCUACCAGUUUUUUGGUUCAUUUUGCUUAUGCUGAAUUACAAGAGCAUCGAAAACAAUUCGCUGAAUCCCGUAAAGCGUACGAGUCGUUAUUAUUGAACAUCCAAUAUCAAAUUGAAGAAAUUGAAAAAUCUACCGCAGAUGAAAUCAAGGCUUUAAUGAAGAAUUCUACUGAUAAUGUUAGCGAAGAUGAAAAUACAUUAGACAUGGAUGGCGAAACUCGUGAACAAUUAAGAAUUAAAGAGAAGGAAUUGGAAAAAGAACGAUCAAAAGUUGAAGAAAGCAGGCAGCACGAAAUAGAUGAAUUAUCACGUGCUUAUUCGCUUGUUUGGAUUAUGCUGAUGAGAUUUACAAGGCGUACAGAGGGUAUUAAAUCUGCGCGUCUUAUAUUUAGCAAGGCCAGGAAGUCAAAUUACUGCACUUAUCAUGUAUUUGUAGCAUCAGCUUUGAUGGAAUAUCACUGUAGCAAAGAUCAAGUGAUUGCUGGAAAAAUUUUUGAGCUAGGGUUAAAGAAUUUUAUAUAUAAUCCGGAAUAUGUUAGUCAAUAUCUUGAUUUUCUUAUCCAGCUAAACGACGACAACAACACAAGAGCUCUUUUCGAACGAACUCUUAUGUCAAUGCCAGCUGAUAAGGCUAAAAUUGUAUGGGAACAAUUCUCUAAGUACGAGAAUAAUUACGGAGAUCUAACGGUAAUUCGAAAAAUAGAUGAACGUCGAGCAAAAGAAUACCCUGAAGAAUCUUUCUUGUCAAGGUUUUCAGAACGCUAUAGCUUUUUAGAUACUAAUAUCAUACUUCAUAAAGAAGUUGGUCCAAAACCCGAUCCAGAAAUUAUCGACAGUCCACCAUCAGAAAUUCAAAAUGAAGAAGAGCACGAAGUGAUACCUACACGGAGAGCAUUAUUGGAUUCUGUUCAUCCAGAAAAGUAUCCUCGACCAGAUUUUCGACAAUGGGUUUUAUAUAAACCUACAGCGGAACAAUUAAGACGACCAUUUUUUCCACCACCUGUUUCUUCUGGUCAAUCAGCACCUACCCAAGCGGGAGGUUCAGUACAACCACUUGGUCCAUCACCUCCUUUAGGUUCCCAAUCAAUAGGUGUUACUCCACAACCACUUGGUCCUUCUGUACCUCGUGGGCAUUCUCCUUCCUCACAAAAUACUGCACAAUCUGUAUCCCUAAAUUGGACUUGUACAGCAAAUGGAGUGAUGCUUCCAGAAGUUAUUGCCAAAUUCCUGUCAAUAUUACCUUCGGCUUCAAGUUAUAAUGGUCCAAUUAUAAAUCCAAUCGAUUUAAUGGAUAUAAUUCGCAAUUCUAUACCGACACAAUCUAAUGCCACCAUAGGCGGAAAUGGUUUAUUAAACACACCGCUGGCACAACAUUCACUUCAAUCACAACCUCGAGAUAGAUCUCGAGGGGGUAGUCCAGCUCGUGGUGAUGGUAGAGGAUAUAGUAGUGAUGGAAGGUACGAAGGAUCCAGAAAUUAUGACAGGCCUUUAGAAAAUGGUCGAGGUCGAGCACGUCAGGGUGAAUUUUUUGGAAAACAGAUGAGGGGUCCAAAUCCUCCAACGCGUGGAUUACAAUUCAAACGUAGAAGAAGGGAAUUUGAUGCUGAAACAGAAGAUUUUCAGGGUCGAGGCGGUCCCGGAAUUAACCGACCGCCUGAUUAUGAUCUCUUUCGGGCUCGCCAACAAAAAAAAGCAAAACAUGGAUCAUUUGGAGCUAAUCCUAAUGCUGCCAUUAGUUCUAAUGAU